UCCUCAGACCACAGGUUUGCUGAAGGAAGGUCCACGUGUCUGUGUGUGCCCACUGCUCCUGGGGAGAUGUCCAAUGUUUCCAGCUACACCCUCCGCAUGGCCCGGCUGAGUGCCCAGAUAUUCGGCAACGUUGUCAGGCCCACAGACUCCAAAUCCAUGAAGGUGGUGAAGCUGUUCAGCGAGCAGCCCCUUGCCAAGCGGGAGGAGGUGUACAACUGGUACCCCCCUCACAACACCUACUACGCCCUCAUGAAGAAACUCCGCUACUUCGGGCUCUACAGGGAUGAGCAUCAGGACUUCAGGGAGGAGAUGAGGCGACUGAAAAAGCUCCGUGGGAAGGAAAAACCAAAGAAGGGGGAAGGAAAGAGAGCUCUCAAGAAGAAAUAGUGCUGCUUGAACAGUGUAACUGACUUCUCUGGAAAUGCUGGGGAGUGGCUGGAGAAGGCUUGGCAUGUGAGCUACGUGUGGGGCACAAGAAACACGCUGUGAAAUUGUGGACUCCACCUUGGGAAUGCACUUGGGUCUUUGAAGUUUUACUGGUUUUGAAUUUCUGUACUUCAAAUAUACUGUAUAUUGCAGCACAGUAAUAAAAAAAGAAGUGCUCAGUGUUUUUCUUGAAA